CUGGCGGCUGAAGCCCCAAGCCUGGCUCGGCACAAUCCGAGGUCCCCAGGCGGAAAAGCCGAUGCUCUUGUGGUCACGCAGGACUGGCGGUGACCAACCAGACUUGACAAUCACUGUUCCCAUUGCGGUCUCCCCCACCAGACCGACAAAAAGCACUAAUCUCUUGAACACGCCUCCCUUGCAGCUCCUUCUUGACCCCCAAGGACCAAGGACCAAGGACCAGCACAUUAACCCACCCAAGAACAACAGCACCACCGCCACCAAAAAAUCAGCCAAGAUGCGCACGCUCGGCCUCCUCGGCGGCAUGACCUACCACGCCACGGCCGAGUACUACAAGACGAUCAACGCGCGGGUGCAGGAGCGGUUGGGCGGCAAUGCGUCGGCGGUGCUGGUCAUGCACUCGGUCAACUACGCCGACAUGAUCGGGCACUUCCGGGCCGGCAACCACGCCGAGUGCAGCCGGCAGCUGUGCGUGGCCGGGCGCAACCUCGCGUCCAUCGGCGCCGACGCCAUCGUGCUGUGCGUCAACACGUCGCACAUGUGGGCCGACGCCAUCGAGCAGGCCGCCGGCGUGCCGCUGCUGCACAUCAUCGACUUCACCGCCGAGGAGAUCAAGCGCAAGCAGCUACCGCAGCCGCAGCCGCAGGAGCCGCAGGGCAAGAAGACCGUCGUGGCGCUGCUGGGCACCAGCGCGACGCUCGAGGGCGACUUCAUCAAGGGCCGGCUGAGGGACAGGCACGGCCUCGAGGUGCUGGUGCCGCCGGCGGAGGGAGGGCUCAGGGAGAGGAUGGACGCCGCCAUCUUUGGCGACCUGCCGAGACAUGUGGUCACGGAGGAGUGCAGGGCCAUGUUCAUCGAUGCGGCCAAGGACCUCGUCGGGCAAGGCGCCAGGGGCGUCAUCCUGGGCUGCACGGAGCUCAUGAUGGUCAUCAAGCCAGGCGACCUGGGCGAGGACGUGUUUCUGUACGACACGGUCGAGCUGCAUGCCAAGGGCGUCGCCGAUUGGGCUGUCGAGGAGGACAAGCCAGCGGCGUAAAGGGAAAGGGGGGAUUGGGCCUGCGCAAGCCGAUCUCAACGGGAUAGAGGGUCUAUCGAGAUCUGUAGGAGCGCUGUUUCCUGACCAGAUUGAGUCAGCUUCGAGGUUUCACACCGUACAGAGGAGCUGUGCUUGAAAAG